AUGAGAAGACGAAUAAACAACUUUAAUGAACGAAUCUCGCUUUUAGAGUUACUACACCCCCAUGCCAUAUCACAAUUACACACCCCCAUGCCAUACCACAAUUACACACCCCCAUGCCAUAUCACAAUUACACACCCCCAUGCCAUACCACAAUUACACACCCCCAUGCCACACCACAAUAAAGCUAUCUCUUUGAACAGCACCCGUAAUUCGUUCAAACCACAUUUUGUGGUGCUUUACAUGUUUUGCAAGCUGCUUGCGGUAAAAUUAUUCAUUGCUUCAGUUGCACGUCUGAAUAAAGAUAGCUUUGAUGACCGGUCGGUAUGA